UCUGUAUAUUAUGAUUAUAUGAUUAUUAUAUACUGUCUGUGUAUAUCUUCUCGUUCUACCCUGUACAUACAGCUCCGCCUCCUGUUUUCAACAUGAGCGACCCUGACAUGUUGACCCUCACAGUCCACCACCACGGCUCGCCAUACACCUUCCACCUCCCACCGUCCGCGACCCUCGCCGACCUCGCCCACACCAUCUCAACCAGCAGCUCCUUAGAAAUCCCCACCGAAAACCAAAAAUUCCUCAUCGCGCCAAAACCAGGACUCCAAAAGGCGCCGUUUAACAACACCACCCCACUCGCCUCCCUCCUCUCCCUCUCCUCACCAAAACUCAAAAUCACGCUGCUAGGGUCCAAACCACAAGAAAUCAACUCUUUAAACGAGAGCAUAAGCACCUCCCAACAACGCCUCAGGACCCGUGAAACUGCUCUCCGACAAUCCCAUCCUCCAAUCCUCCGCCGACCCGCCGGCGGCGGUGGUAUUCACACCAUCUCCUCCCCAUCUUCUUCCACCUACACAUUCGGGCGCUGUGAACCACUAUCCUACCUGCCACACCCAGACAAAAGCCUGAAAUUCCUCGAACGGCUACGCGACGACCCCGGCAUACGCUUCGCCAUGGCGAAACAUCGCUUCUCGGUACCGCUUCUCACGGAAAUGAACCCGGCUGAGCACACCACGCAUGAAUCGCGCACGCUAGGGCUGAAUCGGAAUAAAGGGGAGGUGAUUGAGCUGCGGCUGCGAACGGAUGCGUAUGAUGGAUACAGGGAUUAUCGGACGAUACGGAAGACGCUGUGUCAUGAGUUGGCGCAUUGUGUGCAUAGUGAGCAUGAUAGGUUGUUUUGGGAUUUGACGAAGCAGAUUGAGAAGGAAGUCGAGAGCGGGGAUUGGACGAGGGGUGGGCAUCGGUUGUCGGAGGAGGAGUUUUAUAAUCCGCGCGAUUGGGAGCAGCAAGGGGAUGGGGAGGAGGAGUGGGCGAUGGAUCAUGGAGGGUGGACGGGUGGUGAGUUUGUGUUGGGGGGCAGUGGGAACGACGUUCGAGGAUCGGCACUGAGUCGAAGGGAUAUUCUGGCUAGAGCUGCGGAGGAUCGGUUGAAGAGAGACCAACAGCGAGGGAAAGGGCCCAGUUCUGAAGAGCAAUCGUGAAUCAAUUUCUCGUAUUUACAUAUAGCAUUCUCAAUAAUGACGAAACGAGCAUUAAUACAU